UUGGAUCCGUUUCGAGGCGAACUGAAACGCGAGCUGUAAAGUAAAGGGGAAAAAAGUUACGCUACUGAAAACACUCCUUUCUGCGUUCUACAAAGUGAGGCAAAGUUGCUAAAUUGAAACAUUCUGCGGCCAUCGUGAAAGGAGCGCACGGCAAAGACAUAUUAUCUGGCGUGCUGAUUUGUACCUCACUGCAGAGACAUCAUGAGUUCGGAAGAGAGCACAGAUAAACAGCAGGCGACGGUGCUGACGGAUGUGGCCGAAGAUCAGCCAGUCGAGGAGACAACACAGCAAGAACAGCAACAAUCAGUUAUUGAGCUGGAAAAGCAGGAGGAAGAGAAAAUGAAGGCCAAAUACGGUACAAACGUUGGCCUGGGUGGUCCUCGUGGGCUCGGCGGACAUUCGGCCUUCCUUCAGAAGCGUUUGCAGAAGGGCCAGAAGUACUUUGACUCCGGCGAUUACCAGAUGGCGAAGCAGAAGGGUGGUGGCGUGAAGCAGGUAUUUGCCAACAAAGUCCCUACCGGUGAGGCGAUACCAACGCCCGAGACGGUGCCGGUGCGGAAGACGUCUAUCAUUCAAACUUGCAACAAAUUUCAAAGCUAAGUGCGACGCUCUGCUGUGUGGGAAUGGUUGCUGCAAGCGUGCGAGGCUUGAGCUGAGCAGAAGGGGGUGGAAGUAAUCCUUUUGGCGCUAUAUCAUUAUUUAGUUUCACUUCAAUUCUACUUUGUAUAGUAUCGUUCCCCAUAGCAGGAGUUUUCACGUCACACUUUCUUAGCUGUCUUACCAGAAUUCAUAAAUAGUUGCACGGCAUCCUAAUGAUGCCCUCCCCUCUCCUCAGAUCCCGGUCCGCCUGCUUAGCAUGCGGUUUUUUUUCUUCAAAUUUCAAAGUAAACUCAAUGGCAAAUUGAUUAGUUUCCAUAGUAACUCUCCUUCCGCCACUCGAACCGAAGCGAUUUCGCAACCACUGAGUCGCGUAUGUUUCUUUGAGGAAAUCCAUUUUAAUAUAAGUUUUCCCAUUCAUUUGAACUAAUGGUAAAAAAAAACAUUUUCUUUUAAUAUUGGUAAUGUACUUGUAAAAUGGUAGUGAAGUAGUUGUGCGUGUAUCCAGAGCGGACAGAAGAGACCCGUGAAAGCAGUACCCUUAUACAUGCAUGAUAAACGGAACGGGUUGGUUCCACAGUUUUUUGGCCAACGCUGUAAGUUGCGUGGCCAUGCGAGUGGGUUUGUUUGUUGUGGUAGGCUGUGCGCUUCAGCGUGUUCAGCGCCGAAAAGGGUGCCGAAUUGCAAGGAAGCCGAGAGCAGAAUGGCUGGACCGCAUGUAAAGAAGCGCAGAGCUGAGCAGAGGAUGAUAAAGAUGAUACGGUGGUUAGUGAAAGGAUAGCUACAGAAAUACACUCACGAAUAAAACUGGUGGUAGAAGGUAUUUUGUUAAGGAUACUGACUAUAGUGGUAAAUUGUUAAAGAAGAAAUACACGUACGAGUGCGGUGAUAAAUGCCAGAAAAAAGAUAUGUAAAAUACAAACGCAAUCUCGCGUCGCGCUAGAGCAGA